AUGGCUAUGCAAAAUAUGAUCGACAGUACAAAACAAUUAGGAGAUAAGUUUAUCUCAAUGGCAGGUGAGGCAAAAGAUACUUUAAUAAAUGCAUAUAAUACAAACAAGGAGCCGGUUCUGAAUUCUAUAAAGACUGGUGCAGAAAGUGUUUUUGAAACAAGCAAAAAAACAACAGAACAUGUGAUUAAGAACACACCAAGAUAUAUUGAAACUUCUAAAGAAUAUACCACAAACAAUUGGGUUCCAAUGCUUAUUGGUGCCGGUGCUUUCUUAGUUAUACUUAUUGUUAUGAAAAUGGUUUUGAUGUUAAGAAAAUCUGAAUAA